UAGCUAAACAGCGUGACGGCGUCUUGCUAAGGAUAACUUAAUUCAGAGUGUUGCCAGAAUAUUGAGUGAGGAGUAUAAAAGUGUUGGGCUGGAGUAGUGGAGCAUCACAACAGCUGCAGUCGUCUGCUCCUCACAACGUAACAUCGAUCAUCAUCAUCAGCCACACGCAAACAUGAUCAGUUGCGUUGCGAUUGCUUGCCUGCUCGGAGCGGCGGUGGCGGCGCCCUCUGCCGGAGGCUACGGCGGCUACGGCUACGGCCCGGCCCUCGCCACCACGGCCGUUGUUGGCAGCGUUCAAGUCCCCCAAUACAACUUUAACUACGCUGUCAACGACCCUCUAACCGGCGACAACAAGGCUCAGACGGAGGUGCGCGACGGCGGCGUCGUCAAAGGCUCCUACUCCCUGGCUGAAGCUGAUGGCACCAUCCGAGUAGUGGAGUACUCCGCCGAUGACGUCUCAGGGUUCAACGCCGUCGUCAAGAGAAUCGGCCCCGCCGCGCACCCGCAACAAGUCAUUGCCGCCCCCGUAAUCGCCGCCCCGGUCGUCAAAGAGGUCGUCCAACCACUCAUUGCUAAGGAAAUCGUCAACCCUUACCUCCUGCAAGACAUCAACUUGGGCCUCAACAACUUGGGACUGUCGGGAUGGGGACUCAAUGGAUUGGGAAAAGGAUUGGAACUUAACGGUCUGAAUGGUUAUAACCUGAACGGGCUUGGCUUAGGAGGCUACGGUGGUUGGGGACACCACUAGUGUAGAACUAAGAUGCCCUGUCUUGCUCCCGUGUAAUGAGUCUAGCUAGUCAUUAUCGGGAGCAGGUACAGACAGCGACGUAUUGUGAUUUAAUAGAUAAGGGCCCAGCAUGGAAAACGAUUUUGUAAAAAAAAUAUGAUCAAAG